UCACAAGGGACAUCGAACGACUGGAGUCCUAGGCGAGGAGCAUGGACCCUUCGCGCGCGGGAGGCGCCGCUUAUCACCUAGAGGGAGGCGUCCCUCCCCCGCCCUCUCGGGUCUGAGGCCCGAGGAUGGGAGGGCGGCUGUGGAACCGGAACCGCCUGCCUGUCACCUGACCGAAGCCUAGAGGCCCCUGUGACUUAGAUCCUAACACAGAGAUGGAGAUAUCAAGCUCAUCUUCUACCAUCUCUGAGCAGCAGCUUCGGAGGCAAGAGGGACUGAGCAACACCAAAACAGACGUGGCCAAGCAGAGUCUCAUCUCAUCCAAGGAAUGGCUCCAACUGCAUGGGCUAAAGAGCAACAAAUUGAACUUGAAACAGAUUUUGUCACAAAUUGGAUUUCCACACUGUGAAGAUUAUGUGACUUCUCUGGGGAGAUUUGUGGCUUCCCGGUAUGCCGACGGACUAUUUCCACGGGUCUACAGACCAGAAGAUGGCACAGCAUACAAUCUAACAGCUAAAUCAGAACUGAUCUAUCAAUUUGUGGAACAUUUAAAGCAAGCGGUGGAGAGCUAUGAGCAGCGGAUAAACUGGCUCACCAGCAAAAGCCGGCAGAUUUUUGGUGUCAUCUUGGAGCAGUGCAUCACCAUAGUGCUGGAUUUUGGUGACAUGCGGGAGGAGGAGCUCAGUCUGUGCCAAGAUGCUCUAAUAAUGGUCCUCGAGGAGCAGGUGGCUCACAUAGCCAAGUUCAAUAUCAUAUGGGCGUCUCGAGAGCCUGUGAAAUGGCAGGAGAAUGCUGCUCCUGUGACGGAACAAUCCAUAGCUGCCGCCAUCAGUUGGCUUGAGAAACUGACCUUCGAGCAGGCUCCGAGCCAGGCUAGCCGCCUGGACGCUCUGCAGGAAGCUGGGAAAGACAGAACUAUUGAAUCAGUGUACUACUUUGUGGUGGGGGACAUUCCUGAGGAGUCCAAGCAGCUGCUCCUCCAGAGGGUGUUGGAGAUGCCAUGUCCUGUCUGCACCGUGUCCUUCAACGCCAGGGGAGAAGGCACCGUGGCUUUCUUAAAGGACCUGAGUGCCAAGGCCCACAGCAGGUUCCAUGCGUUUGCAGAGAGAACAGAGUAUGUGGAAUUUCCUGCAUCCUCCUUAAAGGAUCGUGACAGCGUAGUGACUAGGAAUUCAAGGAAACUGAAAGGAAAACCCCCUCCAGGAGCCGGGGUCCGAGAGGACGUGUUUCUCAUUUGGAGGGAGAUGGAGGAAGCCUACAGCACGCUGGCCCAGAUCCAGAGGCUGGUGGCCGAGCCCUCCAAGUCUGAUGUGGCCGCAACGGAGAGCGAGUCAGGAACAACCUCUGUUGGAAGUGAACCAAAUCCAGAAGACAUGUGGGACUCUAAGAAGUGGCUGCAGAAAUAUGGCUUAAACGCCCAAAAGCUGUCAUUUUAUGAUGUCCUUGCUGACUGCUCCUUUCGCCAUGCUGAUGGAGUCGUUGAUAUAAAAGCCAAACCCGAGAACGAGUCCAUACAGACUAGUGCGGAGACCAACAGGAAGACAGUCCAUGCGAAAUACUGUAGCAGAUUUGUCCAUGCUCCCUGGAAGGAUGGGAGCUUGGUCCAUGUCUGCAUUACCAAGGAGAAGUGCACGUGGUACACCGAGAGAAUCCAUGCGGUCCUGGCCCAGAUCCGGCGCAGGAUUGAGUGGCUCCAGGCUGGGAGUCGAAUCCUCUUUGGGAAAGUGUAUAAGGACUGCGUCUACAUCCUCAUUGAUACGUCUCACUCGAUGAAGGGCAAACUGGACUUGGUGAAGGACAAGAUCAUCCGGUUUAUGCAGGAACAGCUGAAAUUUAAAAGGAAAUUCAAUUUUGUGCAGUUUGAUGCCCAAGCAGUUGCUUGGCGGGAAAAACUUGUUGAAAUCAAUGAAGAUACUUUGCAAGGGGCUGAGUCCUGGGUUAGAGACAUGAAGGUCGGGAGUUCCACAAACACUCUGCAUGCCUUGCAAAUUGCUUUUGCUGAUAAAGAAACACAAGCAAUCUACCUUUUGACAGACGGGAGACCUGACCAGCCACCUGAAAUGGUUAUAGACCAAGUAAAAGUUUUUCAGAAAAUUCCUAUUUAUACCAUUUCCUUCAAUUACAAUGAUAAGAUGGCGAAUGACUUUUUGAAAGAACUUGCUUCUUUAACUGGAGGAGAGUUCCAUUCUUACAAAGUGGGCUGCAAGGAUCCCUUUCCUCCAGAGGCUGUUCAGGAUGAAGAUCUCACUGUUUUAAUUAAGGAAAUGGAACAGGGACGCAAUGAUUUGGAGAAGAUGCAAAACCUGUAUUCCGAGUCCUUGAUCAUGGACUGGUGGUACAACGCCGAAAAGGAAGGCGACAAGCAUCAAAAAGAAAUCUGUUCCUUGGUUUCAACCCCAGAAAAAUGUGCAAAUCCUCACUCUGAUGUUGAAGCAACCUGGGUGUCCUCCCUAAAUAUGUCGAAAGCACCAGAAGACCUUUCACAUCAACAGAUUCAGAAAAAGAAACUCCUCCAUGCAGAAUCGACCAAAACCAGCCUGCUCAGAAGCCAGAUGUGCACCCUCAAGAGCUCAGCUUGCAGCAAGAAGACGGACGACCUUCCCACUCCCAGCAGCUGGAAGCCUCCCGGUGACAGAGAACUGAGCAUCCUGCUGACGAACGAGUAUCUAGACGACAUAUCAUUAGAAAGACCGGCUCUUGAAGGAAGCUUCGUUUAUGACCAAGAUUUUUCAGGUUUAGCUUCAGAAAACUGGCUCAAGACCCAUGGCUUGGUUGCCAGGAAACUCACCAUCAUGGACGCCUUGUCGGUGACAGCCGUCCCGCACAGCCCCACCUACAUUCCCAUCCUGGGCAAGCAUGUGACUUCCAAGGUCUUUGAUGAGGUAUUCCCUCUGGCACACGUGUGCAGCGACACGAACAAGAUGACAUUAAUUAACCCCCAAGGAGUCAAGCUCAACAUCUACAAGCAAAAGGUGGAGCAGGCAAUCAAGUCCUAUGAAAAGCGCUUGAACAAAAUUGUUUGGCGAGCAUUAUCUCAAGAGGAAAAAGAAAAGCUAGAUGCAAACAAACCAAUGCGAUACUUGGAAAACAAGGCAGCUUUAAAUGAGGCGUUAGAACGGCUGAAUUGGCCCAUUUCACUGAAAGAGCUGUCGAUGCUGGAGAAUGAAAUCCUAGCUGGGAAGAUGUACAUCCAGCAGGCCAUGGAGCUGCAGGAGGCCGCCAUGAAGGAGGACAGUGUGAGCAGGGCACCUGCCGAGCCACAGAAAUUUCAAGGAAAUUCAACAAAGAAAAUCAAAUCCAAAAAAUUGCAUCACCUCAAAGGCCAGAGGGUUAUUGCAAGAUGUGACGCAAAUGGCUUUUAUUUCCCAGGGGUCGUGAAGAAGUGCAUAAGCCCCACCCAUGCACUGGUGGACUUCAGGUACGGAGACACCAAGGUUGUGCCUACCUCCUUCAUCACGCCUGUGGGGGGCGCCAUGCCCUGCCCGCUGCUCCAGGUUGGAGAUUAUGUAUUUGCCAAGAUUGUGACACCCAAUGGGUUUGACUUCUAUGUCCCUGCCAUUGUCAUAGCACUUCCGAAUCAGGAUGUGGCCGAAGAUAAACUCUACACGGUUUUGAAGUGUAACAACCGGAGAGAAUUUUGCCCACGAAAUGCACUUAUAAAGAUCAGCCAGAACAAGUAUGCUCUCUCUUGCUCUCAUAUAAAGUCACCCCCAAUUCAGGAGGACCCCAAAGUGGAAGAUGUGGGCAUGAAGAACUCAAGUUUACUCACAUGGCCAGUCAGAGAAGCUGGCACCACCGACCUCAGGGAGCUGAGACAGGAGAACCUUAGGAGAAAGAAAAAGAAGCCUGCCAAGAGGCUGCCUCUGCAGGAGGUGGUGUCCUCGGAUUCAGACGACCCUUCCCAUGGCAACAGAGAAGGGUCGAGGCGCAGGGUUUAGGAGUCAGCCAGCAGAGUCAUCGCUGCCUCACCUCCACCUGAGCAGCCCCGCCCUGCACUCAUAGAGCCUCCCACAGCAACAAAGGGCUGAGGAUUGUCGCCAGGAGACCUUAAAGCAGUCUAGUAGCAGCUAUGGUUAAGAGAGCCAGCGUUCCUCCAGGGCCGCCCAGACCUCAGCCCUGACACUGUGGACCUAGCCCCUCUGCUGAGUCUGUUGUAGGUACCCUCUAAUUGAGCGUGGACCCAGAAUAAAAACUCUUACAUUGGAAACAUUUCAAAGUUA